AUGUUCCGGAUCAUUCGGGCCCGUUCAUUCCGGUUCACCUGUGUGUUCUUUACAUUCCACACCUUCCACCUGGAGAGCGGCCACGACUACCUCCUCAUCACCGAGAACGGCAGCUUCUCGCAGCCCCUGAGACAGCUGACCGGCUCGCGGUUGCCAGCCCCCAUCAGCGCCGGACUCUAUGGCAACUUCACUGCCCAGGUCCGCUUCAUUUCUGAUUUCUCCAUGUCCUACGAAGGAUUCAACAUCACUUUCGCAGAAUAUGACUUGGAGCCCUGCGAGGAGCCUGAGGUCCCAGCCUACAGCAUCCGGAAGGGCCUACAGUUUGGCGUAGGCGACACCUUGACCUUCUCCUGCUUCCCCGGGUACCGUCUGGAGGGCACAGCCCGCAUCACGUGCCUGGGGGGCAGACGGCGCCUGUGGAGUUCGCCUCUGCCAAGGUGUGUUGCUGAGUGUGGGAAUUCAGUCACGGGCACUCAGGGCACAUUGCUGUCCCCCAACUUUCCUGUGAACUACAAUAACAACCACGAAUGCAUCUACUCCAUCCAGACCCAGCCGGGGAAAGGCAUUCAGCUUAAAGCCAGGACGUUUGAACUGUCAGAAGGGGAUGUCCUCAAGGUAAAACCAAUAGAUCUCAUAGAGGAUGUAAGUGACAGUAGGCAACAGUGCGCUCAGCACCUACUCAUUUACUUCUGUGGGAAUGACCCAAACGUUCAUCUUCCCUCCUGA